AACUUUGGUGGGACUAUAAGACCGGUGUACUGUGUUGAAUUGCUUGUUUUUCUUCACAACUCUUUUGAGUUCUCAUGUCCCAUUUGUAGUUGUGGGAACUGGGUAGAGCCCUAAAAUUCAAACACAGUGAAGUGUGUUCGAGUACUAUGUGUCAUCCCCUUUUCUCCCUUGAUUUAUCUCACCCUCUUCAUCCUUUUCUCUGACUUCUCUGGCGCCCCCACCACUGUCCCCCUCCCCCUCCCCCCCCCCCCCUCCCUUCUUUCCCUUUGCUUUCCCAUAAUUGAACAUCAAUACAUAGCCAUCUCUCUCUCUCUCUCUCUCUCUCCCCCUCCAGUACUACUUUUCUUUUGUCUUCUGAUGAUCAAUGAUACUAAAAAAGCACCACUGAAGCAGAUGUCUGCAAUUCCAAAGAAGUUUGUAUGAAGAUUCACAAGAUGGUCAUCCCCAUGAAGUGAGCAUUUAAAACUUUCACCAGCAGCUUCAUUUGGCAACCUUUUUCAUGCAGAUAUAGAUGGAGCUAUAAACAGAUGAUGUUUUGGUUCCAACAGCUUCCAAACUCGUUCACUACUAUUUCAAAGAAGAUAUGCCCAUCUGCUGAUUUUCAUUUUGACCAAAUCCCCUUGGCUUGUUCAUCAAAGAAUGCAAACUAGCUGAAGAUUUUUUCAGUUUGAAGAUAAAUAUCACCUCUAUUUAAAGCAUGAAAUCACCGAGCAUCGACCUUGAAGUAGAGGCCUCCACAGAAAAUGAGUUCGACGUUAGCAGCCAAGUUGCCUCCAACACAUCCAUCCAAGAAACCUCCCUAAGCCCUCGCCUUUCAAAUUCCAUAAUGGCUCAAUCCGAUUUGGGUUCAGUUUCCCUCGACUUGUCUCUCAGCUUCAACUCGGGCAACGAAGAAUCAGGAGGUUGUAGGGAAUCCAUAGCCUUCUCCUUGUCGAGCACAAGCGAUCAGAGCAGCAAUGUCAAUGAGCCCACAUCCCACAGAGACAAUAUGGCAGAAGCUGUGCCCCGUGUUUUCUCCUGCAACUACUGCCAGCGCAAAUUUUUGAGCUCGCAGGCUCUCGGUGGCCAUCAGAAUGCACAUAAGAGAGAGAGAACGCUAGCGAAGCGAGCUAUGAGAAUGAACAUUUUCUCGGAGAGGUAUGCCAACCUUGCCUCCCUGCCUGUGCAGCAUGGAUCUCCAUUCAGAACAUUGGGGAUUAAGGCACACUCGUCGGCCCACCAGGGCUUCACCCCGCCCGUGAGACCGCACGAUAUCAGAAGUAGUGCAAUGAAGUUUGAAAAUGGGUAUCUCGGCCAGCCAAUUUUCGUGGACGAUGAGGAUUUGGAGCUGUUAUGGCCAGGGAGUUUCCGGCAGGUGUCUAUGGCGUCCGGUGCUGCUCACCAUCCAAGUUUUGUACUGGCAGGAAGCUCAAACAUGAAUUUUGUAGAGGUGACUCCAUCGGUUAAAAUAGAUAACCAUGAAUCCACAGUACCAGAUCUGACAUUGAGACUUUGAGAGGUUUGUAAAUUUCUUUUUUCACAAGUGGUUUAGAUCAUUUGACUCUUACACACUCUUUUGUACAGUGAGUUCGUGAGCGGUGGCUCCAGACUCUGAACUUGUGUUCUUCUUGUACUUUCUUUGUUUUCCUGCAAUCUUCCAUAGUUGGGUGUUUCGCUUUGAAUGUUUGUAAGCAGAAAAGAGCUUCUUGACCAGGAUAACUUUGGAGCUCCUGCUACAUAUGCCCUUUAUUACAUAUAUAUAUAUAUAUAUAUUCCCGCUUGAAGGGCAGCAA